ACCACUCGAGACGCCAUAGCUGAGAAGGAAGCAUGGCGAGUGGUGGAUUCAUGGUGGUGGACUACGUGGUGCUGGCCACCCUCCUGGCCCUGUCGGUGUCCAUCGGCGUCUGGGUGGCGUGGCUGGACCGACGCCGCCAGAGCAGCCGCCACUUCCUCACCGCCCGCGGACAGCUGGGAUGGCUGCCCGUGUCGCUGUCCAUGAUGGCCAGCUUCUUCUCGUCCGUCAACGUGCUAGGCCUACCUGCCCAGGUGUUCAUGCAAGGCUCGUUACUCUGGACGGGUGUGUUUGCCACGUCGGCAGGCGUGCUACUGUCGGCGUACGUUUUCCUGCCGGUCUACCACAGCCUCAACGUCACAAGCAUCAACGAGUAUCUCGAAAAACGCUUCAACUCCACCCUUCUCAGGAACGUAGCAUCAGGUCUCUUCAUACUGCAAACGGUUAUGUACACAGGCGUGGCGCUGUACGGGCCAUCUUUGGCAGUUUCUUCAGUGACCGGCUUGUCCGUGUGGUCCUCAAUCGUCAUGAACGGCUUGGCCUGCACCUUCUACACGAACAUCGGAGGCCUAAAGGCGGUGGUGUGGACGGAUGCAGUUCAAAUGAUACUGAUCUACGCGAGCUACUUUCUAGUCAUCACAGCGGGUGUCCUACAUGUCGGAGGAUUCGGCAACAUGAUAACACUGGCUGAAGAGGGAGGGCGGGUCAAAGUAUUCGACUGGAACCUCAGUCCGUACCAGACGUUCACAUCGUGGUCGCUGCUUCUCUCCUGGUCAGUGCGCUGGUGCUCGGCGUACUGCGCCAGCCAGACGCAGGUGCAACGCAUAUCCAGCCUGCCCUCUGCCAAGCUGGCGCGCCGCGCUGUGCUGUUCAACCUACCGGCGGCCGCUAUCACCACGUUCCUGCCGGUGUUGGCCGGUCUUGCCCUUGUCGCCGUCUACAAGGACUGCGACCCGAGGCUCACUGGAGACAUCAAAAAGCCGGAUGAGUUGAUGCCGUACAUUGUUCAAGAUCUGAUGGGAAAAUACCCGGGCCUGUCGGGACUCCUAGUAGCAUCCGUCUUCAGUGGCUCUUUGAGCACCCUCUCCUCGGGCUACAACUCCAUGGCGGCUGUCACGUGGGAGGACCUCAUCCGGCCACGGGUCAAGCUGACCGACACCCAGUCCAUCGUGAUGCUCAAGUGCGUUGGUACAUUCUACGGCUUCCUAUCUAUAGCCGUGGCAUUCCUUGUCGGCUCAUUGAAGUCUAUAAUGCAGGCCUCCACUAGUCUUCUAGGAGUAACAUCAGGUCCACUGCUGGCCAUCUUUCUUCUUGGUGUACUGGCUCCUUGCUGCAAGAAAACGGGAGCGCUAGCAGGCAUGCUUACUGGGCUAUUCGUCGCUUCGUGGCUCGUCAUCGGCUCGAUCGUUUACCCACGCCCCGUAGAUCAGCUACCGUCGUCCACGGCCGGGUGUUCCAGCUUCAACGAGACCCUGACGCUAGGAUCGCUCGAUCCUCCACCAACUCCCAGUGGUUUGAACCGCUUCUACCAUAUCUCCUUCAUGUGGACUCACUUUGUCGGAUUCGCUACAUCGCUAGUAACAUCGUUAGUCGUCAGCCUGAUAUUCGAUAGAGAGGGCACCGAAGAGGUUGAUGCCAAAUACCUGUCUCCAAUGGCGAACCGGUUCAGUGGCCGCCAUAGAAAAAAGGGAGCAAAUAUUCAGGUUGUGUGGGAGCCCGAGAAGGAUAAGGCGUCGACUAUGGAGCUCGAAAAACUCGUGGGAAUUGCUCAAGACAGAAAACCCGUCGAAGCUUCAACUACAAACUGACCUUCGCAACUGUC